AUGUGCGGCACUUAUUACGGCAACUGCGGCGGCUACGGCUGUGGAUUUGGCCCCUGUUACGGCUGGGGUUAUAGAUCCGGCUACGGCUGUGGACUUGGCCCCUAUUAUGGCUGGGGUUAUAGAUCCGGCUACGGCUGUGGACUUGGCCGCUAUUACGGCUGGGGCUGUGGAACCGGCUACGGCUGUGGGUACGGCUCUGGCUGCUGGGGCUACCGGCCACUGUGCUACAGAAAGUGUUACUCUUCUUGCUGCUAG